UUUGGUGAUUCUCCAGAACCAACGAAACGUAUCCUUUCCUUCCAAGGGUUAGCGGAGUUGGCUCAUCGUGAGUAUCAGGCAGGAGACUUUGAAGCAGCAGAGAGACACUGCAUGCAGCUUUGGAGACAAGAGCCCGAUAACACUGGUGUUCUUUUAUUACUGUCGUCCAUUCACUUCCAGUGUCGCAGAUUGGACAGGUCUGCUCACUUCAGCACUUUGGCUAUUAAACAGAAUCCACUGUUGGCCGAAGCCUACUCAAAUCUGGGCAAUGUGUACAAGGAACGUGGACAACUACAAGAAGCAAUUGAACAUUAUAGACAUGCACUACGCCUCAAACCAGAUUUCAUUGAUGGAUAUAUUAAUUUGGCUGCUGCGCUGGUAGCUGCAGGUGAUAUGGAAGGAGCAGUACAGGCAUAUGUGUCUGCCCUUCAGUACAACCCUGACUUGUACUGUGUUCGUAGUGACCUGGGGAACCUGCUCAAAGCCCUGGGUCGCUUGGAAGAAGCCAAGGCCUGUUACUUAAAAGCAAUUGAGACUCAACCAAACUUUGCAGUGGCCUGGAGUAAUCUUGGCUGUGUUUUCAAUGCCCAAGGAGAAAUUUGGCUUGCAAUUCAUCACUUUGAAAAGGCUGUAACACUUGACCCAAAUUUUUUGGAUGCUUACAUCAAUCUGGGAAAUGUCCUGAAGGAGGCAAGGAUAUUUGACAGAGCUGUAGCAGCUUACCUACGAGCCUUGAGUUUGAGUCCAAAUCACGCAGUUGUGCACGGCAACCUUGCCUGUGUGUAUUAUGAGCAAGGACUAAUAGAUCUAGCAAUAGACACCUACAGGAGGGCCAUUGAACUGCAGCCCCACUUCCCUGAUGCCUACUGUAACUUGGCCAAUGCCUUGAAGGAGAAAGGCAGUGUGGUAGAAGCAGAAGAAUGCUACAAUACAGCUCUGCGACUUUGUCCCACUCAUGCAGAUUCUCUCAACAAUCUAGCAAACAUCAAACGGGAACAGGGGAAUAUUGAGGAAGCUGUCCGUCUUUAUCGGAAGGCUCUUGAGGUGUUCCCAGAGUUUGCUGCCGCACAUUCAAAUUUAGCAAGCGUUCUGCAACAGCAAGGAAAGUUACAGGAAGCUCUGAUGCAUUACAAAGAGGCUAUUAGAAUCAGCCCCACAUUUGCAGAUGCUUACUCUAAUAUGGGAAAUACUUUGAAGGAGAUGCAGGAUGUUCAAGGAGCUUUACAGUGCUACACUCGUGCCAUUCAGAUAAACCCAGCUUUUGCUGAUGCCCACAGCAACCUGGCCUCUAUUCACAAGGAUUCGGGGAAUAUACCAGAAGCCAUUGCCUCUUACCGCACUGCUCUGAAACUGAAACCUGAUUUCCCAGAUGCCUACUGCAACUUGGCCCACUGUUUGCAGAUUGUCUGUGAUUGGACAGACUAUGAUGAAAGAAUGAAGAAGCUGGUUAGCAUUGUAGCUGAUCAACUGGAGAAAAACAGACUGCCUUCUGUCCACCCACAUCAUAGCAUGCUGUACCCCCUUUCUCACAGUUUUAGGAAGGCUAUUGCUGAGAGACAUGGAAAUCUGUGUUUGGACAAGAUUAAUGUUCUUCACAAGCCACCAUAUGAGCAUCCCAAGGAUUUGAAGGCCAGUGAAGGUCGACUUCGUAUUGGCUAUGUGAGCUCUGAUUUUGGAAACCAUCCAACCUCGCACCUAAUGCAGUCAAUCCCAGGCAUGCAUAAUCCAGACAAAUUUGAGGUGUUCUGUUAUGCCCUGAGCCCUGAUGAUGGUACAAACUUCCGUGUAAAAGUGAUGGCUGAAGCAAAUCAUUUCAUUGACUUAUCUCAGAUACCAUGUAAUGGAAAAGCAGCAGACCGCAUCCAUCAGGAUGGGAUACACAUUCUCAUUAAUAUGAAUGGUUACACCAAAGGAGCCCGAAAUGAACUAUUUGCACUGAGACCAGCACCUAUUCAGGCAAUGUGGCUAGGCUAUCCUGGAACCAGUGGGGCAUUAUUCAUGGAUUAUAUCAUCACAGAUAAAGAAACCUCCCCAGUUGAGGUGGCUGAGCAGUACUCGGAGAAAUUGGCGUACAUGCCAAACACUUUCUUUAUUGGAGACCAUGCCAACAUGUUCCCCCAUCUGAAGAAAAAAGCAGUCAUUGAUUUCAAGUCCAAUGGUCAUAUUUAUGAUAACAGAAUUGUUUUGAAUGGCAUUGACUUGAAGGCUUUCCUUGACAGCCUCCCUGAUGUCAAGAUUGUUAAGAUGAAGUGUCCUGACAGCUGUGACAAUGCAGACAGCAAUGCUGCUCUCAGUAUGCCAGUCAUUCCUAUGAACACAAUUGCAGAAGCUGUGAUUGAGAUGAUUAAUCGUGGGCAAAUUCAGAUAACUAUCAAUGGAUUCAACAUCAGUAAUGGACUAGCAACUACUCAGAUUAACAACAAAGCAGCAACUGGUGAAGAAGUUCCACGCACUAUAAUUGUUACUACCCGUUCUCAGUACGGCUUACCGGAGGAUGCUGUUGUAUACUGUAACUUUAAUCAGUUGUAUAAGAUCGAUCCUUCCACUUUACAGAUGUGGGCUAAUAUCCUAAAAAGAGUUCCAAACAGUGUGCUGUGGCUGCUGCGCUUCCCAGCUGUAGGAGAACCCAAUAUUCAGCAAUAUGCACAAAACUUGGGUCUUUCCCAAAACAGAAUAAUCUUUUCUCCUGUUGCCCCCAAAGAAGAACAUGUGAGGAGAGGACAGUUGGCUGAUGUUUGUCUAGACACUCCGCUUUGCAAUGGGCACACAACUGGGAUGGAUGUACUCUGGGCUGGGACUCCAAUGGUCACUAUGCCAGGUAAUGCGAUGGGGGAACUUGCAUUGAACAGAUCAUGGAAUAGUUC